AUGUUGUCUCAAAUCUUCCUCACAGCAUUAAGUUUCCCCCUUUUCGUAUCCCUCUCUUCAUCCACUGCUGUCUCCCUCGUCAAAGAGAAGAGAUGCAUCGUAGAGGCCAGUGCCAGCGGCAGCGAUGACGCACCAGCAAUAAUUCACGCCUUUAAAGAAUGCGGCCACAAUGACGGGAUCACCACUCACGGGACCGUCGUAUUCAAAAACACAACCUACAACAUCCAAACCGUUAUGAACACCACCGGUCUAUCCAAUGUGAAAGUUGACCUUCACGGUACACUGUUAUGGGAUACCAACAUUCCAUACUGGCUGAAUAAUUCCCUCCCUGUAGGAUAUCAGAAUCAAAGUAGUGCAUGGCUUUUUGGGGGCGAGAAUGUUCAUUGGGAUGGUCAUGGAUAUGGAACUUUAGAUGGAAAUGGAGAGGUUUGGUAUGAAUUUAUUAAUGGGGCGAAUAAUUAUCCAGGGAGACCUCAUCAGAUUACAUAUACAGGUGUUAAAAACUGUGUUUUUGAAAAUUUGAGGUUCGUGCAGAGUCAGAUGUGGACGAUGACUAUUAUUCACGCAAAGGAUAUUUUGUUGGAGAAUAUUUAUGUGAAUAGUACGGAUGUAAGACCAGUUGGAUUUGAAUUUAGUAGUUUGAAUACUGAUGGUGCUGAUACUAUCUAUGCGGAUAAUAUCACCUUCCGUGGCUGGACGGUGGAUAAUGGCGACGAUUCCAUCUCUAUGAAAGCCAAUUCAACCAAUAUUCUCAUCGAAGAUUGUGAUUUCUACACAGGGCUUGGUGUAGCCAUCGGGAGUAUCGGUCAAUAUGAGGGCAGAUAUGAAGUAAUUGAAAACGUCACCGCUCGCAAUAUUCGCUCUUACAACAUGCGCUAUGGGGUUUACAUGAAAACCUGGACUGGAGUAUCCACUGGAUACCCUCCGAAUGGUGGAGGCGCCGGUCUGGGCCACGCAACCAACCUUUCUUUUACCAAUUUCACGCUUCAUAAUAAUACCGGCAUAAUCGCCAUAACACAAUGUACAUCUUACAACUCUGCAACUGGGAAUUGCGACACCUCACUAUUCAAUCUGUCCAACAUGACCUUCGCUUCUUGGAGCGGUACAGCCUCUAGCGAUGUGGUAGCAGAGUUACAGUGUAGUGGUGCCGCGCCUUGCACGGGUAUUCUGAUAGAGGGUAUGGAAGGUAUUUUGGAUACCGUGAACAACACAAAACCAGCGCAGUAUCUUUGUGAUAGUGUUGUGGAACCUAAUGGAUUUAAUUGUACGGGUGUGCCAUUUGGAGAGAAUCCCAGAUAG